AUGACUGGCAUCAAGAUUCUUGUACUUGGUGCGACAGGUCCUGCAGGUUUACUUUUGCUGCGAGAGCUGCUGCAUCGACAACAUGGGACCAUUGCCUACGUCAGGAACGCGUCCAAGAUCCCCGCAGACCUGGCGAGCAGCCCACUGCUUCAACGUCGUAGAGAAGACAACGUACUCGAGCAUCUACUCAGCUCUUUUCCCCCUCAUGCGCAAAACGAUGUGAAGCGCAUCCUCGCCAUGGGCACACUAUCCAUCACCGAAGACUCGUCCUCGUUCACCCGCUUAUUGCAGGCUAUCCUCACCCGCAUCAUCGCGUCGACGGCGUACAACGCAGUCAUCGACCUCGGACACGUAUUUCAAGAGGAGGCGGACGGGCUGGACCGGACCCUGUUUCAUAUCAGCUUUAUUAGUGGCGAGCCGGACGAGGAUAGUUGGAGAGCGGAUCGUGAGGAUCAGCCGACCUAUGCUGGGUAUAUUGCGAAGCCUGGAUGGAAGGCUGGUAUGAAGAGGGCUGCGUUAGCGAGCUGGCUUUUUGAUGAGAUCGAGAGCGGUAAAUGGUCCAAGGACUCCGAGGUCCCAACCACCACAUCUCGACUGGGCUUCGCCAUAGAAGUACCUGAGUAA